CUCCCCUGAUGUCCUGCCGUACUGAGUUUACGCAGCUUGCGUACAGGGUGUGCGCAGUGGCCGAGUACGGUGCGGCCCGGGGCGCCACACACUGCCACAGCCUUUCCCUGCCUCCUCGGCGGCGCUUCGCUGGCGGGGCUCUGCCUGGGUUUUAAACAGAAGGGGAAAAUGUCACUUUAUGAUGACCUGGGAGUGGAAACCAGCGAUUCGAAAACAGAAGGCUGGUCCAAAAAUUUCAAACUACUGCAGUCUCAGUUGCAGGUGAAGAAGGCAGCUCUCACUCAAGCAAAGAGUCAGAGGACAAAACAAACGACAGUCCUUGCUCCAGUGAUUGACCUGAAGCGAGGGAGCUCUUCUGAUGACAGACAGAUUGUAGACACACCACCUCAUGUAGCUGCUGGCUUAAAGGAUCCCGUACCUAGUGGGUUUUCUGCAGGAGAUGUGCUGAUUCCUUUGGCUGAUGAAUAUGAUCCUAUGUUUCCCAAUGAUUAUGAGAAAGUAGUAAAACGCCAGAGGGAGGAACGACAAAGACAGCGUGAGCUGGAGAGGCAAAAAGAGAUUGAAGAAAGAGAAAAGAGACGUAAAGACCGGCAUGAAGCCAGCGGGUUUUCAAGAAGACCAGAUCCAGAUUCUGAUGAAGAUGAAGAUUAUGAGAGAGAGAGGAGGAAAAGAAGCAUGGGAGGUGCUGCCAUCGCACCACCGACGUCUCUUGUUGAGAAGGACAAAGAACCUGUACCAUCUUUUCCAUUUGAAGAGGAGUCAAGACCUCGUGCACCAUCUGCCAAAGCAGCUAUUCCUCCCCCGGUAUAUGAUGAGCCAGAAAGACCGCGGUCCCCAACCGGGCCUAGUAAUUCUUUCCUUGCUAACAUGGGAGGCACCGUCGCUCAUAAAAUCAUGCAGAAGUAUGGUUUCCGAGAGGGCCAAGGGCUGGGGAAGCACGAACAAGGGCUAAGCACAGCACUGUCAGUAGAGAAAACAAGCAAGAGAGGUGGAAAGAUCAUUGUUGGUGAUGCUGCAGAUAAAGUCGAUGCAUCCAAGAAAUCCGAUUCGAAUCCAUUAACAGAGAUACUAAAGUGCCCAACGAAAGUGGUCUUACUAAGGAACAUGGUAGGUGCUGGAGAGGUUGAUGAAGAUCUAGAAGGUGAAACUAAAGAAGAAUGUGAAAAAUAUGGCAAGGUUGGGAAAUGUGUCAUCUUUGAGAUUCCUGGUGCCCCUGAUGAUGAAGCAGUGAGAAUAUUUUUAGAGUUUGAGAGGGUCGAAUCAGCAAUUAAAGCUGUGGUGGAUCUGAAUGGAAGAUACUUUGGUGGACGAGUGGUGAAGGCUUGUUUCUACAACCUGGAUAAGUUCAGAGUACUGGAUCUGGCAGAGCUAGUCUGAUUUAAGGACCUAGGUCAGGUUGUCACCGUGCCAGCGAUUGUGUUUUCAGCUGGAGGCUGGGAGUAGAGAGAAGACGGCAGCAUUCCUAGCAAACUGGAAACAAGCCCCCUCAAAUGGAUUUUUCACAUUCAUUGUGACUGACGCUUAUUUUGUUCUGUUUUUUAAGUAUAAAUCCUUUGAAAGAU